UGCUCGUCCCUCACCACCGUCACGCUGCCGGACAGUCUCACUAGCAUCGGCUGGGGCGCCUUCUGUGGCUGCUCCGCCCUCACCGCUGUCACGCUGCCGGACAGACUCACCUCGAUCGGCGAGCGCGCCUUCGAUGGCUGCUCCACCCUCACCACCGUCGCGCUGCCGAACAGCCUCACUAGCAUCGACCGGGGCGCCUUUGCCAGCUGCUCGUCCCUGCAUGACGCGACG